AUGUCACAAAUGAAAUCCUUUACGUACAGUCAACACUCUCUUUUUUAAAUUGAAAAGUACAUGCUUAACUAUCAACAAGAAUUUCAAUUACAAAGUGUUUAUGUAUAUAUUACAUUAUUUACUUUAAAGCCUUUGGUUUUAAAUUAUAGUCCGGUUUAUCAAAUCAAUAAUAAUACACUGAUGUAUGCAUUCUUGGAUCGCAUCAACGUUCAUACAUGUAGGCAACCAUAAAAUACAAAUGAGUUUUAAAAGGUUUUGUUUUGUCAGUGGACGGUGUCUGGUCUUCCUGGUUACUAUGGUCACAGUGUGACGUCACGUGUGAAGAUGGUCACAUAUAUCGAACAAGGAUGUGUAGCAAUACAGCUCCCGCGUUUGGAGGUCUGAACUGCUCAGGAGCGAGUCAGGAAGCCAACACAUGCAGGCUAGCAAGAUGCCCAGAUUGGUCACCCUGGUUCAACGGGAAGUGUUCUGGGACAUGUGGAAACGGAACUGAAACCCGUGUACGUCACUGCUCCACGGGUCACACAAAGGAUUGUACAGGAAGUAGCAGCGAAGUGGUGGGCUGUCAAAUGGCACCAUGUGGGGUUAAUGGUUCCUGGUCUUUGUGGUCAACAUGGUCGCAAUGUGACGUCACAUGUGAAGACGGUCACAUACAACGAACAAGGACGUGUACCAAUCCAGCUCCCGCCUUCGCAUGCCUGAACUGUUCUGGAGAGAGUCUGGAAACAAGCGCGUGCAAGCUUGCAAAAUGUCCAAAGGGGACCGAUGCCUUCAACGAACCCUCCGGCUUCCGUGAAGCUACUGGCUUCGGCUUCCAUGAAGUUACUAACUUCGGCUUCCGUGAAGCUACUGGUUUCGGCUUCCUUGAACCUAUUAACUUCGUGAAGCUACUGACUUCCAACGUUCUGAAGUCCACUCUACAAGAAACAGGACCUCUGCAGCCCGGGCCGCACCGUUGA